AUGUCUCUCUCACACGGGAAGUGCGAAAGGUCGAGGUAUUGGAAUUUAAUGAAACUUGAUAUAUAGGUACUACCGAACACCCUGAAUCCAAAAAAGCUGAAAAAAAGUGCGCCUUUUUGGUUUCUUUCGAGUUAGGGCGCCUCAAAGUUUGCACGCAAAAAUUGCAUUGGAAGGGAGGAGGGAAUGUGUUGCGGCGGCUAACUCUAGCUGCCAGCAGGCGGCGUGGUGUAGUGGCUAGCGGCCUUGCGCUGUGAAACCUAUGAUGCAGGUUCGGACCCUUUUUGGUGAAAUUUUAUUUUUGCCAAUUUUUUUAUUUGAAAAAUGAGGAAGUUUUGAUGAUGGAGUGAAAGAACAGCACAAAAUUUUGAAACUCACCAUUAUACGCCCAUUUGAGAAAGAAUUUCGACAAAAAAUUUUUUUUCUUCAUUUUCCCUUGCCUAACCAUAAGGCUUAUGGUCGACCCAUUCCUUCAAAAAAAUUUCUGAUGAACCAAUAAAAUCAAAGUUUUAUGAGAUUUAUUCUUCUUUCCUUCCUUUAUGACGUUAUGUGUGUAAAAAUGUGUGUCAAAGUCCAGCUUCACUUUAUUUUCACAAUCGAGAUGAUAUGGCGAUGCUGGGAAUGAAAAAAAAGACAAGGAAAAGGGUUAACUAACCGCCAUCUUUGAAGAAAAAAAAAAUCGUUUGAUGAAUAAGAAUAGAAGAAUAGAACUACAAUAAGUUGUUAUUUCUAUCACAAACCUAUGAACUCUCGCAAGAUUAAUCUCGACGCCCAAAUUUCCUGCACAGAGCAGGACAAAAAAAGACUAAAAAAAUUUUUUUGUUGAAAGUCUUUCUCAAAACGAAAUAAAAUAGUGAAUUUUAACACUUUGAACAGUAUUUUUUUCGUUCCAUCUUCAAAAAUUCAUCAAUUUUUUCGAAAAACUUCAUGGCAAAAAUAAAAUUUCACCAAAAAGGGACCGAACCUGCAUCAUAGGUUUCACAGCGCAAGGCCUCUAGCCACUACACCACGCAGCCUGCUGGCAGCUAGAGUUAGCCGCCGCAACACAUUCCCUCCUCCCUUCCAAUGCGUUUUUUGCGUGCAAACUUUGAGGCGCCCUAACUCGACUAAAACCAAAAAGGCGCACUUUUUUUCAACUGCUUUGGAUUCAGGGUGUUCGGAAGUACCUAUAUACCAAGUCUCAUUAAAUUCCAAUACCUCGACCUUUCGCACUUCCCGUGUCAGAAAACUAUGAAAAAAAAUUUGAAUCGAUAUCGCACUUCAAAAAAAAUUUAUCCCCAAAAAACCAAAACUUAAUAGACUUUUGAGCGGUACUGUACAUCUCUCGAAAUUUUUUUCCUUUUCUGGGAUUUUCGAAAUAGAGAACACAAGAGCAAUUUAGGCUGGUCAACGCGAUCAAGGAAGGAUCGGUGAAAAAGAUCAUGAAGCCGAUUUCCAACUUCAACUGCCUCGAAAAUAUCAACCAGUUCACGUCGGCCGCCCGUAAUUUGGGAGUCAAGGACGAGGAGGUUCCUUUUUCUUAGAAUGCUUAGUAACGCCGGAUAUGGUCCCUAGAAGGGCAACCUUAUGGAAAAAUGAAAGGAUCCCUUCUCAUUUCCCUCUCUAGGGGACACUAGAGCGUGCAAAGUUACCUCUUUAGGGCUUUCAGUUAGUGGCCACUCUAGAGAAGACUGCCAAGAGUCCCUUUUUCACGUCCUUCUCAUGUUCUAUGUGUUCAAAUGAAAGGAUUAUUUGAAUGUUUCAGACGUUCCAAUCGGUUGAUCUCUUCGACGGCCGCGACCUCUUCUCCGUCUGCGUCACCCUCCAGAGCCUCGCCCGAAAGGUUUCUGAAAUUCUGAAAAAGAAGUUUUUUUUUUGUCUUCAAAUCGGAAAUCAGAAUUUUUUCAAAAUAAGAACCACAUUUUCCGUUAUUUUUUCAGUUAAAGUUCAACAGAAACUGUUAUUUAACCUAAUUAACAAGUAGGAAGAACUUUUUGGAGAACAUUUCGAAAAUUUUGUCCGAAGCCUGGCCUUGCCUAAGCCCACGCAGACUUUUCCUAAGAAAAAUAAAUUCGAACCCGGGCCUACGCGGGCAGCCCGAGCUUGAUGCCAAAGUUUUUAGCACUUUCUUCCAACUUAUAAAUAAGGAAACGUUCAAAAUGAUGAAUAUUUUGCAAUUUCCAGGUCGAAAAGCUGGGAAUCACGCCGCCGAAGCAGGUGCCCAAGGACCAAAUCGUCAACAUGUAA